CUUGCAUUGCAUCGUGGUGAAUUCACAUUUCUCAGAAGUUUGACAACAAAACAAAACGAAGAUAUGUUGAGGCAAAAAAGAAGGCGCAGUUGGAAAAUGAAUGAUGAUGGAUUAGUACGAAGUAGCAGCGCAGGCACAUUUGGAAAAUUGUGCCGAUAAGCAAGAUAAAAUUUGGGAAAGCAAGUGGCUGGUUGCAGCAUCUCUAUGUAUUAAAAAGUUAAUUAAUUAAAUGAAAUUGUGUUUAAUAGAAAUGUUAAUAAUCGAGUGGCGUUAGUUAAGCUGUGCGAAAAACAUUUGACGUACUUUUUUUCGCCUUCUCAACGUGCUAAGUUACAAGUUAAGAUGACUGCCACCACGGCCGGUAGGAAGCCCGAAGCAAAGGGCAAACAACCUUCUAGGAAGCUGCCUGCUGUCCCCCGAGUCGUAGCUGAAGUUCAGCAAGAAGCAGGUCAGCAAACGUGCUACCCUGAUCAAGCGUAAACUAAAGCGCUCUGCUGUGAUUGCACUCGGCAAACGUGAAAACUUGUUGCAUCUGAGAAAUAUCAAGCAAAAUAUCUCCGUGAUGGACGCCGUGAGAAUAAAUUGCGCCGCCUGGCAAAGAAAAGCGGCUCAUUCUAAGUGCCUGCGGAAGACAAAUUGGCCUUUGUGAUCUGUAUCCGCGGUAUCAACAAAGUUGCACCAAAAGUGCGACAGUUUGUUCCGUUUUCGCCACUUUAACCACGGUUUGUUCAUCAAAUUUAACCGUUAAUAUGCUACGCAUUGCCGAAUCCUAUAUCACAUGGGGUUAUCCAAAUCUUAAAUCAGUUCGUGAAUUGAUCUACAAACGUGGAAUUGUCAAGCACAACCAUCAACGUGGCCCAAUCUGUGACAACGUUGUGAUCGAACGCAAAUUGCACAAAGCGCACGAUAUUAAGUGCGAUCCCACUUCAAGAAAGCAUCCAACUACCUGUGGCCAUUCAAGCUCAACACCAACCGGUGGCUGGCGCAAGAGGGCUAAUCACUACGUUGAGGUUGGUGAUUUCGGUAACCGUGAAGAUAAGAUCAACAAACUGCAUGCGCAAGAUGGUUUAAAGAAAUUUUUUGGUGUACUAGGUUUAACCCACAAAUAUGCCAAAUGGAAGGCAGCUUAUAUUGACGACUUCUUGAAUAAUGUCGGAAUUCCAUUGCCGUUUCUCAUUAACGAUGCACCCAGGAUUGCAUUUACCGUCUAUGAAAAUAUUUCACGAAGCGUUCCAAAAUUAGCUCCGAGCAACUAAAAGUUGGUUAAAGUUAAG